CGAAAAAUCAGCUGUAAAUUGAAAUAUAGAAAUUUUUGUUUUUCAGUAGUAGUGUAAGAUCCGCUUUUAGUUUUGUUCCUUUUCAUCGUAUUUCCCGCAACUUGAACAUCAUAGUUUUAAAAUCUUUCUUAAUUGUGAUUUUGAAUUCUGAUUUGGUUUACUCGACUUCUGGUGUUUGGUUGGACUCGGACAGUCGGAUUGUUGUUUCCUCUCUGCCAGGAGAGUUAUCAACCAGGCUUUAAGCUUAUCACGCAACUAGGUAGUCGAAAUUGUUGGUAGUGGGACCAUCUCAAGAAAAAUGAGUUCGCGAAAGAAAUCUGACCAACGUAUUGCAGCACGAGCGAAGGCGCUCACGGAAAGCAAACUUUCAACUCUGCAGCAGUUCUUCCCUGACAUCGCAGCGGAUGUUAUUCAGCUGACGCUUGAAGACUGCAAAGGCGACAUGGAGAAAACGAUGAUCAUCCUGAAGGAAAUGGAUGAAGAGCUGCGCAAAACUCUGGUGAAAACCCCGGAAGUUUUGUCAUCUGAAUUGAGCGAAACAGGCACAGACGUGGAGAGAAAUCGUCUUUCUGAUCCGAACGAAACGAUCGUCCUAGGGGAUGGAUAUAAUUGUCUGCCUAACAUGCCACAGGCACAAGAGAUUACAUUAUUGGUAGAUACGACAGUACCCGACGAAAUCCGCUCCACAUCGAGCGAACGCAGUGCGCAGUCCGUGAAAUUCCACGCACCUCUGUGGCAGUCGGAUAGCAGUUCGUGCGACAAAUCGCAGAGCACGGAUAUUGAUUAUUUGGAGUCGACAUCAUCUUCGGCGCUGGAAGAUUCAUCUUCCAGUGGAAGUCGUAUGAUGGACAAGGAGAACCGUCGUUCGCCGUUCGCAUGGCCGGCCGAUGCGAAUCCGACCGGCGAGAAUGAUGGGUUUACGAGCGAAAUCAACCAGCUGAACGACACUGUUUUGGGCGACGAGGCUAGCGAUAACAAUCUUGCCGGAAACGGUGAAAGCGCAUUUUACUCAGCGCCCAUGAGUCUGCAGCUUGACAAGGAUUUGGCUUGUCGAUUGAUGAUGACUUUUGGACUUAUGCAGGUGUCUAUCGACACGAACGACAGCAAUAAUCUUACAAUCAACUUGGACAUGGAAACUGCGUACAGACUGUAUCAGGCGUGGAAAAACACACAGGAAGCUAACGCGAUGCAGGCGGAGAUCACAGACAAUUCGGAUGAACAUUUGGCGAAAGCUCUGCAGGAUUUGGAGCACGAGACGUAUGCAGAGCAAGAUUUGAAAAACCGGACUAUGAAAGAAAUCAUGGAUGAGACGCUGGCGCUGCAGCUAAUGGAGAAGGAAUCGGAGUACCGGGGAUUGGAUGUGGCUUCUGCGUUGAUGUACCAGUCGGAUGAUGGACUGCAGUCGAGAUAUGCCGGUGUUCUGCUCAAAUCUUACAACAUAUCGUCUGACUCCGCCUUUCCACCGCUGGAUCCCAGACCAAAGAACGUCUUUGCCAAUAAUUUUCCACAGCGCAGUAAGGAUUUGGGAGUUUUGCAAAAAUCACUGGAUGAUCCGCCGGAUGGAUCUCCUACACGAUUUCCCCGACCGAGCAGUGCCGGGAAGGUCAUUAACGUGAAGCCGAUCGGUAGUAACUCGGCGGAAAAUGUUACAAAUAAAGGUCCCAAAACUGAUCCAGUUGAUUACUAUGGAAAGCGACAAAAAGCGCUGGAACUGCAGCAAAAAGCUCUGGAGUACGGUGCUAGAGCCGGGAAUGCUUACAAAGAUCAGAAGCUGGGUGGUGGGGCUGCAGCGUACUAUCUGCAAAAGGCGCAUGAACACAAAGCUUUAUCGAAACAAGCGCAUUUCCAAGCGUCACUGGAUAUUUUAGCGGACCGGAACAGUAAUGUUAGCGAUGGCGAGAUCGAUCUGCACGGAUUACGCAUGGAUGAAGUGGGCACGGCACUGGAAGACUUUUUUGCUCGUAAACAUAAAAGUAAAGAACUGAAGAUCAUCGCGGGGCGUGGCAUGCAUAGCCGGCAUGGUGUGUCGGAAGUACGACGGGCUGUGGAAAUUUAUUUGAAGAAACAUGACUUGACAUAUGUCGAAGGACCGCCAAGUGGUACGUUCUACGUGGAUAAAGUGCAAAAAUUGCACGCAAGACCACCGUAGCAUAUUCCGUGGAGCAAUGAUAAUAUUUCAUAACUCAAAUAAAAAUUUUGAUUAUUGUUGAACGUGUUAUUUUUAGAUAGUAUCUUUCUAAUUCUGCUAUCUACAUAAGAGAGCUAAGAGAAAUCUAUUUUGCUGUAUAAGUCUGAAAGUCCCGUUAGUAUUCUACUUUGUGCACACGAGAUGCGUUUAGUAUUACGAGUACUUCCUUACCUCUACAACCGCGUUGUUUUGGUUUGAAGAGAGUUGUUUAUUUUUAUGCGAAUUGUUAAUGAUACUCGUACCGUACUAAACGUUCGUUGUCAACCUGUACUUUCAUGCUCUUAUUAGAUGUUGUUUAUCUUUGCUGAUGUUUGACAUCUCUAGAUUCAACAAAAAUAAAUAUGCACUAGGUGA